GUCCCCAGUUCUCGCGGCAGCGGCUCUGGGGCGGGGCUUCGGGCUCCUCGCAGUCCGCGCGCGCGCCCGGUCGGCCCCCCGCCCCCCGGGCCGACUCGCGCAUGCGCCGUGCUGCGGGCGGGAGCCGGCGCUUGGUUUGAGCGGCGGCCGGUGCCGUGGUGGCGGGAGGAUGCGGGCUGCGCUGGGGGCUCGCUCCGGGAACCAGCCGGCUCCGGCAGGGAGGGCCGCGGCCGCGCCGCGCGGCAUGGAGCGGCCCGCCGGCUCCUGGGACAGCACCCGGGCCGCCCUGCGGCAGCUGGAGAGGCGGCUGCGCUGCUCCCGCUGCAUAAACAUCCUUAAGGAACCUGUGUGCUUGGGAAAAUGUGAGCAUGUCUUCUGUCUAGCUUGUGUGGGGGACUGUGUUGGCACAGAAUGCCCAGUGUGUCACACUCCAGCCUGGGUACAAGAUGUGCAAAUAAAUAGGCAGCUAGACAACAUGAUCCAGCUGUGCAGCAAACUGCGUCAUCUACUGGGCAAGGACUUCACAGAUUCUGUAGAAGACUUGUUCGCAUCAGUAGGUCCUGAUCAUGAAACAAGAAAUAAGAAGAGGCAGAUAAAAAUGUGGUUCAGCCCACGCAGUAGGAAGAUCAGAUGUGUGCUAAACAAUAGUUCCCUUCAGAAGCAGAAUCAGCUGGUGACUAAUGGUGGUAGCAUUCACCAGGGCCCAUCUUCUACUUUUGACUUCCUUCCUUCUCCUCCUCAAGAGAAGCCUUCCAAGAUGACCAAGGAACCACCACCACACAGAUCGAAGAAAAAGCUGAAGAAAAAGAGUCUAGCACACAUCAACCAAGUAUGGGGUAUAGAGAAGGAAAAGCAGAAAAAGGGCAGUGGAACUGAAGGGGAGACCCAAGAUGAAUUUAAAGAAAAGUCUGUGACCUUUUGCAGCCAGCCAUUAGUUUUAUGCAGUCCCGAACCAAAUAAUAUGGAAGAGACAAUAGGACAGGAGUCUGUAAUGGAAACCGACCGUAAGGAUGGAAGUGAGUCCCACUUGGAAAUGGCCAUACGAGUAAAACCCACAGAGGAUAAAGAUAGCUCUGCACAAGUUAACACAGUGAAUGGUUUUAAUACAGAGAAACCUCUGCCAUCAGAAAAUGAAAUUACUCCUUUAAAGCGCAGAAGGCAGCAAUCCAUAUCCCCCACUGUAUGUCAUUCUAAAAGACUGAGAAGAAGUGACCAGAGUGCUGAUACACACUCAGUCAACCAAGGUGUUUGCAAUCCUGCGGUAACUGCCAUGAGCACUAUUAAAAUCUCUCCAACUAUUAAACAUGGAACUCCAGUUCAUAUCUCCUCUCCUGCAUUUAAACUUACUGGUGGCACUGUAUCAAAGACAAGAAGCUCUGCAAUUUUUCAAGAAAUAAAUAGCCCUUCACUUUCAAAAACUCCCUCUACCCCAUUCAUUUCAAAUACUCAUAAUCAAAUGGAAACCACACGCAGUCCUUCCCUCUUGAAGAAGUCUCCUAGUAAUAACAGAACUACCAAAAGGAAUCACAGAGGAGAGACCUUGCUCCAUGUUGCUUCAAUCAAGGGUGAUGUAUCAGCCGUUGAACACUUACUGAAAAAUGGAGCAGACCCCAAUGUUAAAGACCAUGCUGGAUGGACGCCAUUGCACGAGGCUUGUAAUCACGGGCACAAGAAGGUGGUGGAGCUAUUGCUACAGCACCGGGCAUUGGUGAACACUACUGGGUAUCAGAAUGACUCACCGCUUCAUGAUGCUGCCAAGAAUGGGCAUAUGAGCAUUGUUGAGCUGUUGCUCUCACAUGGAGCCUCCCAGGAUGCAGUUAAUAUAUUCGGUCUGCGCCCUGUGGCCUACGCAGAAACUGAAAAGAUGAAGUCUGUGCUAAUGCUACCAAUGAAGAAUGAAUCAUAUUCAUUUAGUCAAUGCGGGGAACAAGCAAGCCCAGGCCACCCUAGAGAAGGGCCUGUUGUUUUACUGGGAAGCAGCCUCAAUUCAGAGCAACAAAAAUCACUGAGCAAACUCGCAGCAGUUCUGAAGGCUAGAAAAUGUGUUGAGUUUAACAGCACAGUGACUCACAUCGUUAUCGCUGAUGAUCCAAUGCGAAGUACUAUCAAAGGCAUGCUGGCCAUUCUGGCUGGAUGUUGGGUCCUGAAAUUUGAGUGGGUGAAGGCAUGUUUGCAAAGAAGAAUUCAUGAACAAGAGGAGAAGUAUGAAAUCUGUGGUGGCCCACGAAGAGGCAGACUCAACCAAGAACAGCUGCUGCCUAAGUUGUUUGAUGGUUGUUACUUCUAUUUUUGGGGAACUUUCAACCACCACCAGAAGAAUGAUCUCAUAGAGCUGGUUAAAGCAGCAGGAGGACAAAUCCUCAUUAGGCAGCCAAAGCCAGAUAGUGACGUGACACAGACCAUCAACACAGUGGCAUACCAUGCCGAACCUGGUUCUGACCAGAGUUUCUGCACACAAUACGUUAUCUAUGAUGUGUCUUCUAAAUACAACCCAGAUAAAAUUCGCCAAGGCAAAGUCUGGAUGGCCCCCUCCAGCUGGCUUAUAGACUGUGUGAUGUCAUUUCAGCUGUUACCUGUUACAAAGUGAAUAUCCCAGCAGCAUGAACAAGUUUCUCAAAUGACCUCCGAGCCUCUUGAGCAGUUGGAACACACUGCUAGGCAGUCUAGAAUCAAAAGCUAAAACUGCUCUUCAUUAUUCACACUUAAAACCACAGUAGAACCCAUUAAUGACUGGGAGACUCACUAUGCAUUGCUGAAUUUUGUGAAUAAAUGAGCAAGCAAUGAAAAAUAAGGAUAAUGCAUCAAAAAUGUAGUUUGUUAAUUUGACACAGCUAAUUUUCAAUUGUUAUAUUUCAGCAUACUAAUAUAUGUUCCAUAUAGUAUUUUGUAAUUUAUAAUGAAGUCUUUGUAACAUGAAACCUUUAUAACACCCUUCAUUGUUCAAACCUUCCAUUCAAAGUGGAUGAAAUCACCAUUUCUUGUGUGAUGUGUAAAUUAACAGCCUUCUACUGUAAGUAUCACAUAGUCAGAUUUCCCUUUAAAGCCAAGAAUUAAAAAAUAGGAUCCUAAAGUUAAAUGCCUAAAACCAUACUUCAGCAUGUGCCUAAUUUCACUGAGAUCUGAGGUAGCUGUGUGCUCAGCACUUUUGAAAAUGAAUACAGAUUUAGGAGUCUAACUUCAGACUCCUAAGUGGUAUUUGCAAAACCACCUAAGUUACUUAGGACAAGUCCCAUUAGACAUUCAAUAGGAUUUGUGGUCUUAAGUCACUUGGGCACUUUUGAAAAAUCCCACCCCUAUAUUUAAAAAUCUUGACUUAACCUACUCUUAAUGUUUCGCAACAGCAUAUGAGUCAUUAUCAAAACUCAUUCCACUUUCAUACCUGUAAAUAUAUAAUUUAAAAAAAUCCUAGCAAAAUAGCAUCUCAUUUAAGAUGUGAUUUUUUAAAAAAAAGUCAGAUUUAAAGAGUCAGAUUACAGAUAUCGUCAGAAUUGUUUUAUCCAUGCCUACAAAUGGUAUUUGUAUUACACAUAUCACUGCUAUCAUAGUCUCUUUAAUGGGAAAACUGUGGCACCCACAAGCAUAAAAUCAUGCCUUUUAGAAAAUAGAGUUUUUAUUAAAAAUUUAUCCUGAUUGCAUUUGCGUGAAAUUUGACAUUUUACAUAUUUCGUUCUAAUCACUGAUUUUUAUUAAAUCCUUUAUUGCUUUCAUAAUUGACCAGAGUUUAUGUUAAUGUCUAUAAUCUUGCUUUUUUUCAAUGUAUUCGAAUGGCUUGUGAGGCUUUCAUCCUGUAGGUUGCAUAUGGUAUAAUAUCGUGACUUGGAGCCGUGUGAUUGUAAUGAUUGCUAUGUGAUGAUGAUGGCUGUGUGAUGGGAUUAAGCCUUCGUGUUCGCAUUUUGUAUUGCUUGUAAUAAAACUUACGGUGCCAAUGACUUUAAAAUAAUUUAUUACGUAAGUUUAGCUGCAGAAUAAAUAUGAAGCUUGUACAUAACAA